GGAAAAGGACAGAAGCGCUCAAAAGCAAUUCACAUCCUUGAUGUGAUUAUUCUGGGUGGUAUAGAUGUCAGAGAUAAACAUCAAAGAGAGAGGAUGGCCAUAGCUCUACUGUUUACCAAAGCAUUGAACAAACCAACAAGGCAAGAUUUGGCACCUAUCCGUGCAAAGCAGACUUAUCGACUAGAUGGAGUCAAGGAUAUCUUCCAUAGGCUUGAGAUUAGAACUGUGAAAGGACGACGUGGACAAAGGGAAUGUUUUUCUAUCAAUGAUGAAAGACAUUUUAUUCCAAGAGGAAUAUACUUUAUCAAACACAUCCAAGAGCCCUGGACUCACUGUUUUAGCAAAUCACAGAAAAAGUUGUAUUUCUUCAACAAACAGAAGACAAUUUCCACGUACGAUUGUCCUAAGGAUUCAAUUGCUUCAUUUAAAACAUCACUUAUGAGUCGAUACUUGUGGCCAUGGGAAGACAUUGAUGUUGAACUUGAACAUGGGACUCGGCUAGAGCGAAAUCGUCUACUAGAUUUUAUCCACAGCACACAUUGCCAGUUAAUGGGGCAAUAAAGAUACGUAAACUGAAGAACAGUACUAGAAUAGUCUUUUUUCUUUUUAUAAAGUAACUGUAAUGUUAGUCAAUUGGCCAUUCCGAAAUUCAAAAGGAGACUGGGAACGAGUGUGAAAAUAUUACAUUCAUUGAAAACUGAACCUCGCUACAUGAAAGACCACACUAAAAUAAKUCUUCUUGUCAAAGUUUGAGCAUAUUUGGUUGAAUACUCACCGAGUAGGAAUUUUUUCAAAUUUGUAAAAAUAAGAGAGAAUGUAUGGUUUUUGGGGACGCUGCUCAAAACCUCCAUACAUAUUUCUUUGUAUUUUUUUUUUGAGUUUUAAACGCUUGAAACUCUAUAAUUAUUAAUCCAAAUACGCUCAAACUCWGCAGCGUUAUUAAUUUUAGUAUGCCCUUUCUUGUCUGUUUUCUGAUUGCUUCAACGGGAUMAAGUUUGUGACUAGUCACCAGUCCCUUUUUGAAUUUCAGAACAGGCAAUAAUCGAGAAUUGAACAGCAAACUGAUGAAUUAGCCAAAUGGUUCCAUGGAAGCAUUUUCAUGCUAGAGAUUCCUGUUUAUAUAAUARAAUAGAAAACAGAACUUCACGAACUAUUGCAAAGCAAUCACACAUCUACCUUAGACUAAAAGAGGCUAAAACUGGCCUGCUUCAUAUCUGGACAAACCACAGGACUUAACCGUGUUUUUUCCGGAUGUGACGCAGGCUAUCUAAAACCUGAAAUUAAUAAAAACCYCUUUCUAAAA